AUAGACAAUGGGGUUAAAUGGAAGUGACGCGUCAGCCCUCUCUACUGGUGGUUCCUCGUUUCUGGCUCAUUUCCUGACACACCGAACUGCAAACACAUUUGUCUAAUCAAUUUUUUAAAUGACCGGUCGGUUUAGAUUGAGAAAGGUCGUUGGUUCAUUUCCGCCGCGUCUACCAGAGAAACUAGCUUAAGUUGCUGUUAGCCGAGUCACGGAGAACGUCAGCAGGGAAACAUUUCAUUGAACUUUAUUUAUUACUCUGCUGGAAACAACCGCCAUCCAGAAACGACUCCGUUUUUAUGAGGUCGAUACACUCCGGCUGUUGGUCCCAGGAUGAGGAGGCUGACGAAGAAGAAGGCUCUGACUCUGGUGAAGGAGUUGGAUGCUUUCCCGAAGGUCCCCGAGAGCUACGUGGAGUCCACGGCCAGCGGCGGGACAGUGUCUCUGAUCGCCUUCACCCUCAUGGCUGUCCUCGCCUUCCUGGAGUUCUUCGUGUACACAAACACGUGGAUGAAGUACGAGUAUGAGGUGGACAAAGAUUUUAGCAGCAAGCUGAGGAUAAACGUGGACAUCACUGUGGCUAUGAGAUGCCAAUACAUUGGUGCGGAUGUCCUUGAUUUAGCAGAGACAAUGGUUGCGUCUGAUGGUUUAAAUUAUGAGCCAGUUAAUUUUGAAUUGUCACCUGAUGAAAGAUUAUGGCACAUAACUCUUCUGCACAUCCAGGAGCGCUUGAAAGUUGAGCACUCUCUGCAGGAUGUGCUGUUUAAGACGGCAGUGAAAGGAGCUCAACCUGCAAAGACUCAGAGGGACAGUUCAAGCCCCCCUAACGCCUGCAGAAUACACGGACAUCUUUAUGUUAAUAAAGUUGCAGGAAAUUUCCACAUCACUGUCGGCAAGUCAAUUCCUCAUCCCAGAGGCCACGCCCACCUUGCGGCCCUUGUCAGCCAUGACUCUUAUAACUUCUCUCACCGGAUUGACCACUUGUCCUUUGGAGAAGCAAUUCCCGGACUCAUCAGUCCUCUGGAUGGGACGGAGAAAAUCGCUGCAGACUAUAACCACAUGUUCCAGUACUUUAUCACCAUAGUGCCAACCAAGCUCAACACGUACAAAGUCUCUGCAGAGACGCAUCAGUAUUCAGUCACAGAGAGGGAACGUGUAAUAAACCAUGCUGCAGGCAGCCAUGGAGUCUCUGGAAUCUUUAUGAAAUAUGAUAUCAGCUCACUUAUGGUCAAAGUCACUGAACAACACAUGCCUUUCUGGAAAUUUCUGGUCAGGCUCUGCGGCAUCGUUGGAGGCAUUUUCUCCACCACAGGAAUGAUCCACGGUUUGGUGGGAUUCUUGGUAGACGUAGCAUGUUGUCGUUUUAAAAUGGGAGCAUACCGACGUCCGGAUGCUCCUUUGAACCCACAGGGUGAAGUUCAAAAUGGAUUUCCUGCAGAAAAUUACAUCCAAUAACAAGAAAACCAAGAUGCUAGACAUUCACCUGCAGAGAGCUAUGAAUUUUUUAGGAAAAUGUUUACGAGUGGUUUUUAAAAAAGGUGUCACUACUAUUCUUAUAGUCAAAAAAGACACUUUUUUUAUUUUGUGGAGAAAAAUUGUGAAGAUUUGUAAUUGAUUCUGCCACCAAACUGACAUUAAAAAGUUGCAAUAAGAAAA